UACUUCCUGAACCUAUUAUUGAAGAUACUUAUGAUGAUUUAUUAGCUCCAACACCAACAGAAUUAAAAAAAAACUUGAUGAUUUGUUAGAAUAUUUUCAGGAACAAUGGUUUACGAAAGUUCCAAUAUCUCAAUGGUGUGUACAUGGUCUUAGUUUAAGAACAAAUAAUAAUGCAGAAGGUGCUGCUACUAGCAUCCCAGGUGAUGCUACUGGCAUUCCCGGUGAUGCUACUAGCAUCUCAGGUGAUGCUACUAGCAUCCUAGGUGAUGCCACUAGCAUCCCAGGUGAUGCUACUAGUAUCCCAGGUGAUGCUACUGGCAUUCCCGGUGAUGCUACUAGCAUCCCAGGUGAUGCUACUAGCAUCCUAGGUGAUGCUACUAGCAUUCCAGGAACACGACCAAAGCAAAUCAAAACAAUUGCAAUUCAACGUCGUAUCGAUAAUCUUGGUGAACGCUAUUAUGAUGGUGUUAUAAAUGCUAUGGAAUACUUAGAUGGCUUAUCAUUCAUCGUUGCAAAACGAAAAAAAUGA